AUGCUGCGCUCAGCGUCUUGCGCCGUCAAAGCUGCGGCUCAGUCACACCGCUUGGUGUCAUCUGCCCCGACUCGUUUGCUUUCAUCUACAUCCCUCCGACAGCGCAGCGAUGACGCUGCCAACGUAUCUCGGAAGGGCAAGUCCCCCUCAUCGUCGGAUGCAAGUGCCUCUGUAGCUGGAUCAGUCAUCCCAUCUUCGUCAUCCAAGCCGUCGACAUCGACCUCGAAGCCGGUGCAGAUCUCCUACAACCCGCCCAACAAGUCCAACGCCGGCGGCGGGUCCAUCACCCUCAACCUCCCGCCGCAGCUCGUCCAGGCCAUGUCGCGCAAGAACCCCGUUGCGCCCACCAAGACCUCUUCCGCGCGCGCCAAAGCACAAGCAUCCAAGGCGCUGCGACAGACACUUCCCGAACCGACGACGGGCGAAGUGUAUGCCUGGGCCACCGCCUACUCGUAUUCCUUUUCCGAACUCAUCCGCUCCGGUCGGCUGCCCGGCAAUUACCAGGUGUUCGAGGACAACGAGGUGAUUCACAUCCCGCAGUGGCCCAUUUCCUCCAGUAGUGGUGCGUCAAGCUCAAACAGAGGCGAAGUGUUCAUCUUUCGAUCCGGGUCGUACGUCACUUGGGGUCUGGAUGAGGAGCAGAGUCGGCGGUUCUUGAGGAACGUCAUUCAGGGUAGGGAUCUCAAGUACCAGGUCGAGGUGGGAAGGUACAGCCAGAUUGGAGAUGAGGCCAUGGACUAUCUGUAUGCCCCGAGCCAGCUGACGCGCGUCCAGGGCGAUAUUGUUGUCAUAGGCCAGCCGCCGCGGUCGUUGGAUGCCGAGGCGGAGGCUGCCUCUGACGACGGAGAAGACGGGCAUUUGAGCUUUGAUGCUUCCACUUCAUCUUCGAGCGAGAUACCGUCUUCAACGGCUCCGUCGAGCACCAACGAGACGACGCCAUAUACGACCUUCGGCACGGAAUGGACGCCCACGCUGGCCCGACUCGCGUUCUCCCAAGGCCUCGCCCGUUCCGCCCGUCUCUCGGUCCAGGAAACCCUCCUCUCCACGUUCCUCACCAGCAUGUCUCCCAUCCCGGCUCUCCUCUCUUCCACCGGCUCCGUACCUCUCUCUCGCACCUCGGUCAUCAAGCACACCGGCACACUGCUCCGUCUGCGCCAAACAGCCAAUCUGGACAGGGACAACUUUUACGACGAGCCCGAGGUAUACUGGGAAAACGCAAAGAUGGAGGACCACUACCGCUCCAUUUGCGGCAACUUGGAUAUCAGCCAGCGCUUCGAGACGCUCAACGAGAAGCUGGACCACUGCGAGAAUCUGCUAGGAGUAGUGAGGGCGCUGCUGACGGAGAAGACGACGCACAGGAUGGAGCUGAUCAUCAUUGGGUUGAUUGCGUUCGAGGCGGGCAUGGCGCUGGUGGGGCAUGGAUGGGUGCCGACGCCGGAGAAUGUGAGGGGUUGGUGGGGGGACAUCAAGGGGUACUUUGGUGGCGAGACAAGGCCAGAAGCACAUGAUGGGGCGGUGCGAGAGCAAGCGAUGACGGCGGAGACUUUGUCGUCGUCGCUAGUCACGCCGCAAGCCCGCCUCGUCUAA